AUGACCUCGGAUUCAACUUUGCUACAUCGCCCGACCGAGGCUCUCAUCCUCCCAACCAAGCGACGUUUCUUCCCGUUCAAGAUCCCCAACUUCCACACACAGCUUCGCAACUAUAUCAGCACUGCUGAUAACGAUCGCAUUUAUGUCGUGGUCGAGAGAAUUGUGUAUGCAAUUCACAUAUCAGCGCAAAAGCGCGAGAGCAUAGCGGUGAUCCCAUUUGAGCCGCGCUGUCUAGCCGCUGGAUAUGGUUGGAUCGCAGUCGGGGGCCCGGAAAAUGGCGAAUGCGCUUUUAUUCAGAUUGGUGACCGCGGAAUGCAAGCUCAUAGCGAUAUGUCCUCGUUCCAGAACGAUGUGGAUAGUGCUCUCCCGCUUGAUCUCGACCCACCCUCGCUGAUGACUUCACGAGGCGAUUUCAAUAGUGAGACUGAGUCAACACGCUAUCGCAGCAGCAUAUCAUCCCCUGAAGUAGAGCUCCACAGGUUUGGUGGUAGCAUAGUCAAUUCAGUGGCGAUUCAUCGUUUCUAUGGGGGUAGCGAGGAUCUUGCGGAUGAAGACAUCGCGGUUUUGAGCAACAAUGAUCGAACUGUCACUGUGUAUUCGCUGACUCGUGCGAAAGUUCUCAAAGUUCUCCAUCACUCGACUUGCAUGAACUAUGCGACAAUCUCUCCGGACUCCAAACUUCUCACUGCAGUAGGUGAUGAGAACCACGCCUACUUUUAUGAGAUAUCCCGUGAUUUGGAAUCCGCUGGUACAAUUGAAUCUGGAGAAAAGCUUACUGGAUGGGAAUGGGAGCUAGUAAAUCGCCUGGAGAUGAAAAUUGGUCUGCGCGCGGAUGAUGCGUGCUGCUUUACUAUUGCUUUCUCACCAUCCAGCCGCCUGUGUGCCAUAGGAUCGCAAUCCGGAGUCAUUACGAUAAUCGAUGUCGAGUCCAUCAAGAAGAGCUUUGGCGACUCCGAAGACAACUCCCCUAUUCUUUGUCAAUUUCCGGCUUCGAGAUCAUGCGCCGAGGGUGGUGCUGUCCGUUGCAUGGCCUUUUCUCCCGAGCCAUGGGACCUGCUGGUGUGGUUGGAGGGUCACGGUAGAGCCGGUGUUGCAGACGUUCGCCAACAAUUCAUGCGCAGGCAGAUUGUUCACUUGGACUCCAAUGAUCCAAAACUGCAGGAAGUAUACACGGAAUUCUCGCCAGAGAAUCUCGAACGACAAGUCCUGGAUGAUGAUCUUCUGGACGCGGCACCACGAUUAAGACCUGACCAGGAAGACCUACCGGAUGAGCGAAAUGGAGAAGAAGCGGAGCGUUCGUCUCUGCGAGAGUCUUUAAUCCAAGAUCUUACCGAGAGGGAAAGAUUGAUCAUGGAAUUUUUGAACACAGCACGCUGGACGUCGCGGCUGGAAGAAGGGCUCUCUGAACGGCCAGAACGCCCGGUUAGAGCAAACAUUCACUCGCAACCAGCGGUUCGUCCACGGCACCCUGGUUCCACAGAUGGUGCCACUCGCGCUCAUCGUCCUACUUCACCCCUGCAUUCCUAUGAUCCCUCUGAGGUCCCUCGGGAUAAUCAUUCGGGCCGCGCUGGAUCCAAUCCAAGACGUCAGAGCUCAGUAGUGUUAUCCCAAGGAAGUCGACCUUCAGAAGCGGGGUCCUCUCCCAAUGAUCGCCAAUCGAACGUCCUCAAUUAUUCUACCUCGCCUUCAGAGUUCCCAUCUCUCGUGUCAGAAAUCAUCUCUCGGGCUGGUGCCGAUCCAGAGGCGGUCAACAACGAAACUGGCGUUCCAACGGAAUCUACGAGGUCCUCUAAUCCAAGUAUAGAUGCUCAAAGCUUGAGUCACAGAUCUCAGCGAUCAAGCUCUAUUCCUCGACGCAUCGAACGGCCACAAACUGGGGCUGAAAGAAGAUAUGACACUUCACGCCUCACAACAUAUGAAAUUCGUGCGAAUGUCGCGGCGGAUCGGCUUCGGCGCCAACGGCAGAUUGCCAAUGAGGUACACAACCGCUCUUUUGAAAGGGAACAACGACAUCGCCAACAGCUUCUCGGUUUUGAACAGACACACUCUCCCCGCUGGAUCAGGAAUAUAAUUAAUGAUUUGCCUGAGCGAAAUGGAAUGCAUGGCCCAGGCGCCGAAGAGCCAGAUUCCACUGCUGGAGUCGGCUGGGGCGCCGAUGGACGCACACUGUACAUUGCCACAUUGGAGGGGAUUUUUGAAUUCCAACUCAACAUUCAUGAUCGCAAAACAUUCCCUAUUUUCUCCUGCCGUUGA